GAGAAAGCAAGCUUACCUAAUCACUUUCCCCGUUAUUCGUUAUCGCAAUCUACAUGUGACCAGGCGUUUUGCGAGGUGAAGAUUCGCGUGUCAAGCUUCCAUCUCAUCUCUUCUACUCUGUGCUGCCUACAAAUCGAUCCAUCGAUAAAUUUCCUAACAUCACGAACUGGUUCAACUACCACUCACCACUAUUAACACCAAAGAUUUCUUUUUUUCUCAUAGAUAUUUCUCUUGAAUAGCUCUCAAAUGGUAUGGGUCAUCAAGAAAGUGUCCUGAAUUAACGAUCAAUCCCACUCUAUUUACAAUGUGGACUAUAGAAAAUGAUGGAGACUUCUUUGACGGCAAAACGCGAUGGCUCGUUCCUGGGAAGAAAUAUCUCUUCGGUAGGACGGUCUCAGAAGACGGCCACUUCGCGAUCGCCGACAAGUCAGUUUCGAGACAGCAUUUAACGAUAGAGGUUGGAGUUGCUGGUCCAGAGGAUUGUAAAAAUCCCAAAAGCCGGUCAAAAGUCAUUUUGAACGACCAAAAGACUAAAGCUGGCACUACGGUGAAUGGAGAGCAAAUUAAGGGUAUUGAAGACUAUGAGCUUGGGAGUGAGGUUAAUGAGAUAAUGAUAGGGAGAUCUAAGCAUGUAUUCCGAAUUACUUGGUGCCAUGUUGCCUUAUCAUUUUCAUUCUCUUCAAAAGAACUGAAAGCCAAUCCUCUCAAAACACUUUACGCAACAUUUGGCCCACUCGACAUAAAGGUUCUUACGGAGUAUGAACGUGAUAUAACGUCUCAUGUUGUUGUGAAGAAACGCAAUACGGCCAAAGGACUUCGAGCUUUGAUUAACGGAAAGUAUAUAGUGGAUAAUGAUACAUUCAUCAAAGCCAUUGUUGAUGCUACCACGCCAGAAUCAGAUGGCACUUGUGGCUUGGAGAAAGAUUUCAAAAAUAAUUUUCCAGAUGCUGCUCAAUAUCUUCCUGAACGCGGCUCGGAACCUACAGAUGAGCCUGCGACAUCCUAUGCUCCUGAUCCCUUGAGGCAAUCUAUGUUUGAUGGCUAUACUUUCGUUUUCUACGAUGAAGCUCAAUUUGAGACACUUCUAGCGCCCAUUACGGAUGGACGUGGUAAAGCGUUAUUUCGUGAAGUUGCACCUACACAAACUCCCGCGAAUGAUUUUGUAAGAUAUGUAAAGAAUGUGGCAGGAGAGAAAGGAGUUGGUGAAUUUGAGGAUGGAAGCGAGGGAAAGGGUGUUGUGGUUGUGGGCUUCUACCCCAUAAAAGGAGAUGGCGUUGAAUGGUUCAAAGACUUUGCUAGUCAAGUUGCUCUGGCUUUGGAUCAACGACUCGUAUUACAAAGUGAAUUCUUGGAUGCAAUACUCAAGACAGAUGCAAGUUCAUUGAGAAGACCUCUUGAAAUAGAGAUGUCUGGAGUCGUGGCUCCAGCUUCAACACCGGCCACGUAUCCAAACGCUGGUAGACAUACAGAGGUGCCUGCUGAGUCUCAUCCGAUUUUACCCCCCAAGACUAAGCCAGUUGCGUCUCUUAAUCCUAACUCAGCUGGUGCUUCCUCCAUAGCUUCUGCUCCUAAGGAUGCUAUCUCGCAAGAAACUCAAUUUCGAAGAGGUAGAUCGAGGAGAGCAAUGACAAGUCGCUUCAGCGGUUUUGAUGAUGAUGACGACGACGAUCCUCCACCAGCACCAAUCUCUCUAGCUUCUAUACCCGAAGCCAUGGUAGUAGAACAAGAUCUCCCCGAGGAAUCCCAAGGUCUAUUUGUUUCUCAAGAUCCUAACCGAGAGGUUGAUACUUACCGCGCAAUCUCCCAGUCUGUGGAGCCCGAAGAGUCAUCUCAACCGACCCGAACGACACGAUCAACCAGAAAAAGGUCUGUACCCCCCAUUGCCGAAGAGAAGUCAUAUAUAGAUAGUUUCGCACCUACUACCGCAUCUUUCAAACGUCAACGCCGAGAAAGAGGCGAACCAACUCCUCCACCUCCUGUUAUAAAAAAAGAAGUUGUGGCUCCCGAAUCGGCGAAAAAGAAAGAAAAGAAAGAGGUCGAUAUCCUAGCCCUGGUAGCCCAACAACGUGAACGCGCUGAAGCAGCUGCACAAGCUGAAGAAAAAUCUCUGAAACAAGCAGUCUCAACAAUUGAUAUCGAAGAAAUGCGGAAGCUAACGAUAGUGGAGGAUAUGGAAGUCAAGCGUUCCAGACCGGCACCGAAAACAACGAGGCACAUGGACGAAGGCGAUAGAUGGGAUGAUAAAUGGAAUGGACGAAAGAACUUCAAGAAAUUUAGAAGAAGAGGUGCAGAAGAUGGACCAGUAAGAGCUCACGCUAGAGUCAUCGUACCUCUUGAAGAAGUCAAGAAAAGGGGCAAUGGAACCGGUGAUGAAUACUGGGGUCUAGAAGGAAACGACAGCGAUACCCAACUCCGAAGAAACAAAGGCAAAGGAAAAGGAAAAGAAACACAGACGCAAACACCCACAGAAAUCCAAGAUACACAAACCCCAAUCUCCUCAUCCCGCUCCAAAGCAAAACCGAAAUCGAAACCACAACCCCGAGAAAUCAACUCUGAAAACGAAGAUGAGGAAUUACCUGAAAAUCCCAUGGAUGCACGUGCUCUGAGUGCAGAAGUGGAGGUAAUACCAGAAUCAGAGAAUGAGAGCGGAAAUGGAAAUCAAAAUGGAAAUGAAGACAAUCCAGGUAUAUUCCGAUCUCUUACCCCUGCAUCCACGGGACGAAGUUCACGAGCUACGACGACCCCAGGGGCAAGUUUGAGGAGUAGUGGGUUGAGUGGGCGGAGGGAAAGGGAUGGUAGUGUUGGGGUGGUUGGGAAUAAGAGGGCUGCGGCGAGUUCGGUGGGGAAGACGGCGCCGGUUAAGAGGGUGAGGACGGGGGCGGGGACGGCGGUGGGGAGUGGGAGGAGGAGGGUGGUGGUGGAGGAGGAGGAUGAAGAUAGGUUUGUUUUUAGGUAGGUGGGAGGUGGUAGGGUGGGAGAUGUGGGUGUA